UAAUAAUGGGCUAUCAAGGAAAGAAGCUUGUUUGUCCCGUUAAUGGUAGGCGAAAUGCAGCGCGAGUGCACUUGUCUUUACUCGGUUAGUAGCACUAGUGGCCGGCCGGGAUAUCAUCAAAGGUGGGGUAGGCUUGCAGAAAAAAAUGAAAUGCACGCCGCAAUUGCAGACGCUCACAGCCAUGGGUCCAGUGAAGACACUCGUCCUCUUCGUCCUCCUGCUGGCCGCCGCCUCCGCCGCCGACAAGACCGCAGCGCACAAGAAGCCACCCAAGGACGGUCCGGAGGCCAGGGUCGAGUUGGACGACGAUGAUUUCGAAGAGGGCGAGUACCUGGCGCCGAAAACCGUGCUCGAGUGCAUGCUGAUUGCAGACUGGCCCUGCGUUCAGGUCAAGACGUUCAGAGCAAUCAGGGAGUGGCUCAACAUCGGCACCAACGUUGUCCACAGUGGACCUGUUGCCCAGGAAAAGGAUGAAACACCACAGAGCAAAACAGGCGAGGAAGAGGAAAAUCACGAAGACCAAGAGGAGCCCGACACUGACGAGGACUACGACCUGAAGGAGGCCUCUGCGCUUUUGUCCAGCUUUGGAAAGGAGCCCAGCUCAUCUUGGACUGGCUCUCUGGAAAUAAUCGCCGAGAUGAUUUACGACGGCGUGUCUGCAUUUCUCGGAGCAGACUCAGAAGAAGAGCAACGUGCCCUUCUCCAGACUGGAAUCAAUAAGGUGGAAGAUGCUGGCAGGCGCUUUGAAGAAGCUAGAAAGAGAAUUGGCUUGGGCGGCCACGGCCACCAUGGACUGGGCCACCUGCUUGGACUCAUCACCUUUAAAAUGUCAAAAAUUAUGACCAUAUUUAGCGCCAUUUCCACCAUCGUCCAACUCAAAGCUCUCGGAUUAACCUUGUUGGGAUUGCUGAUUGCUGCCCUGCGACUCUUCGUCGAGUUCAAAACCAAGAACAGGCCGCUGCAGCCCAUCAUCAAGGUUGUCCACCUGCACCCUCGGCCUCACGUGACUGUCAACGCCGGCCACGAUUACCCCGAGUCGUCUUCGCCUUGGGAAGAGUACAGUGGUGGCUACGAUGCUCACGACAGGGCUUAUGAAGAGCAGAAGCAACACCUUAGCGCAAAGGCUGCCCUUAUCAAUAGGUACAAAACUUUGGCCGCUGCUGGGCGUCGUUAAUUUUUUUUAUUCAGAUUUUAUUAAUUUAUUUGUAUGCUGAGUAUUUAUUGUGAAACUGACUGAUAUUAAAGAUCAAAAGAAAUUUU